GGCAUAUUCCAGGAUGGAAUCCAUGACGCAUACGAUAGAAAGUGUGACAAUUCCCAUGCAUCGGGAUAUUUUGAGUGGUUUAAGGAAUGCAUGAGUAAAUGUUACCGCAGAAUUGUAGGAUAUCAGAUUUUACGUGUGCAUGAAUGUAACGAUGCGUGUAUACCUUGCGUGAAGUGUGUGCAAGCUCUUCCAUGUAUAAAUACACUUCUGGCAGCAGGAAAGUCUCAGUUGGAUGCCUCUUGAUACGACUACGUAUCAGUGGUUCAUGUAAUUUGGCUAGAGAAGGCACAUCUCAAACGUGUUUACCAAGUAUCGCGCCGUAAAAUUUGAAUUUAUGAACGUGAUCUUCAGUGAGAUUCAAAUUGAAUCUUUCAAUUUGUCCAAACUGUGUGUGUAAAGAUAAUCAUAGUGAUACAACAUACAUUAUUCAAUAAGAAUUAUAGUAUAAAUUAACAGAUACGAGGCAUGAGAAAUAGAUCAUUGAGGACUUUCCUAUUGGAGUUAAUGAUACUCAUCCUAUUGGCUUUGGACAACAUGGUGCGAUCAACGACGGUAAAUAGCAAUAGGAUUACUUUAUCUGAAGCAGUGAAAACGUCCAGCAUGUUUGUUUGUAAAAAACCACAAUCUCGAGCGUACCAUCUGAGAGAUUUGAUGCAAAACGUGCAUCAGAAUCCUGGGGAGAGUACCAUUCAGCCUGUUUAUAUUGUCGUAAAGCGAUGUGACGGACACUCCGGAUGCUGCAUGAAUUCAGAUAUGAGUUGUCUACCUGUACAAUCAGCGAUCUAUUAUGAAGAGAUUGAAAUUGAGGUAAUGAGUUACGAAACUAAUAACAGGACUAAUAACAGACGACAAUGGAUCAGCGUGGAACAGCAUGGUCAAUGUUCCUGUGAAAUAACCAGAAUCAGUGAUCGGUAUCGACUAGAGCAUCAGCAGCCUAACGUAACUUUAAUUUCAAAUUAAUUGAUCAGAUAGACUAAAGGGAAACGUUUCAAAAUAAGUGCCUUUUGCAUAACAAAUUGUAAAUAUAACACACAGUAUUGAUUUAUAGGAAAGAUUGUUAAUGAAUCAAAAUAUGUAAUUAAGGAUGUUAAAGUUUUUAUUUUGCUUGA